AUGAAUACAUCACUCCCCUCCUUCACAGGAAAUAAUUCUAUUCAAAACGUCUCCAAUGAGGCUUCUGGUCUCUUACAUUUCCAGGACGUUGACUGCCAGGUGCCCUUGGCAAUAGUAUUCACCUUGGCCUUGGCUUAUGGAGUUGUUAUCCUUCUUGGCAUUUUUGGAAAUCUGGCAUUAAUUAUUAUAAUCUUGAAGCAAAAGGAAAUGCACAAUGUGACCAACAUUCUCAUUGUCAAUCUGUCCUUUUCAGACCUCCUAAUAACUAUCAUGUGUCUUCCUUUCACAUUUGUAUAUACUCUAAUGGACCACUGGGUUUUUGGGGAGACCAUGUGCAAACUUAAUCCUUUCGUGCAGUGUGUCUCUGUCACAGUCUCUGUUUUUUCCUUGGUCCUCAUAGCUAUUGAACGCCAUCAGUUGAUUAUCAACCCUCGCGGCUGGAGGCCUAAUAACAGACAUGCUUAUGUUGGAAUUGCCACCACCUGGAUCCUAGCAAUAGCCUCGUCUUUGCCUUUCCUCGUAUACCAUGUUUUAACCGACGAACCUUUCACUAAUAUAACCAUAGAGGACUACAAGGGAAAAUAUGUAUGCUUGGAUUCAUUUCCAUGGGAGUCAGCCAGACUGUCCUACACUACUAUUCUCUUGGUGAUACAAUACUUGGGGCCCCUUUGUUUUAUAUUCAUCUGCUACUUAAAGAUCUAUAUUCGCUUAAAAAGAAGAAGCAACAUGGUGGAUAAGAUGAGGGAUAAUAAAUACAGGUCUACCGAAACAAAAAGGAUCAAUAUUAUGCUGCUCUCGAUUGUGGUGGCAUUUGCCGUGUGCUGGCUACCACUCACCAUCUUCAAUACGGUGUUUGACUGGAAUCAUGAAAUUCUCCCUGCAGCCUGCAGCCAUAAUCUGCUCUUUUUAAUCUGUCACCUUACCGCUAUGAUCUCAACCUGUGUGAAUCCCAUCUUCUAUGGAUUCCUCAACAAGAACUUUCAACGGGACCUACAGAUUUUCUUUCGUUUCUGUGAUUUCCACACCAGAGUCGAUGACUAUGAAACAAUAGCCAUGUCUACAAUGAACACAGAUAUUUCAAAGACUUCCCUGAAGCAAGCCAGCCCUCUCACUUUUAAAAAAAUUAAUGACCACGCCGAUGAAAAAAUAUAG